AUGGCGAAUGGCGACUGGCGAAUGAUAAACGGCGAGACUAACUGGGUGUCAAAAACAGGUUGGGUCGAUACCGUCAAGACCUCCCACUCCAACGAACUUCCCCCUCAAUCCGCCGACUGGUUCUACGUCCGAGCUGCCGCUGUUGCCCGACACAUUUACCUCCGAAAGUCCGUCGGUGUAGGCCGUCUGCGAAAAGUCCACGGCAGCACAAAGAACCGCGGCUCAAGACCCUCGCACCAUGUCAACGCCUCCGGCUCAGUGGACCGAAAGGUUGUCCAGGCUCUCGAGACCCUGGGAAUUGUGGAGAAGGUUGAUGAGGAUGAGGAGGCUCCCAGCCUAAAGGGAGGCCGAAGAAUCACCCAGGCUGGUGCCCGAGAUCUGGACCGCAUUGCCCUGAACGCGGUCGAGGGCGAGGAGGAUGACGAGUAG